AUGGUCAACAACUUCUUGCGCGCGUCGAUAUCUGUGUUCCUCUAUCUAUGGCGCAUCAUCAUUCCAAAAGAAGGUCUUGGCAUGUUGUUCUACCCCGUAGCAGGCGGCUUAACAAGCUGGCAAAUACAGAUGGGAUACGUGGCUGUGGGACUGCUGGUCUGCUUGACCCUGAGUUCAAUUGCGAUCCUUGGAAACAAGAAGUCAAGCAGACUGUCCAGCUCUUCGAUAUUUGGAGCAGUUUGGAUUUCUUAUCUGGCUCUUCUGUUUCCAUGCCUACAGCUCAUCCAGCAUGGCGAUCCCGUCUGGUUGGCGGACAGAUAUGGCUUUCUCCCGUGGGCACUCUUGGGGCCUCCGCUGGUGUGCAUCUUCAGUCGCAAGCUACUCCAGUGGUCACCACCUUUGCUCUUGGCAAUUUGCCCCCUGAACCUCUUGCUGUUGGGGCUCCAAAGCAGCAGAUUAUGUGAGCACUGGCGGAAUGGCGUCCAACUUUGGAGCUUUGCAGUUGCGGCUUCUGCCCAGGAGCCCUUUCCAGCCUUCCAUCACCAACUGGGCGUCUCAUUGUUGGCCUCUGGCCGGACGGAUGAAGCAGCGGUGGCCCUCCAAAGUGCUUGGCACGGACGGUCGGAUGCGUUGACAGCGAAGGCGCUGGGGCGCUUGGAAGCGGAGAAGGGACAUGUGAAGAAAGGGCUCCAAUGGCUCAGGACUGCCUUGGAUAGACCUGGCUUAUCCACUUCACAAGCAGCUGCAACAUACCACGACAUGGCAGUAUUGGAAUCCCGCCUCAAGCGGCCAAAACUUCAAAAGAUCUUGGAUCUCUACAACCAAAGCCUCCAACUUCAUCCAGAUCGUCCACUCACACAGGAACAUUUUGGGCUUGCCCUGGCUGUUGCUGGCCGUCAUGAUGAAGCCUUGGUUUACCUUCAAAAGGCAGAACGAGUUCGAAGCUCUGCGGAAUUGCAGAAUGGCCUCGGUGCCAUCUACUCCGCGCGUAAUCAAGUGCGGAAGGCCUCUCGUCACUUCCGCGAAGCCUUAAAGUUGCGGCCCAACUGGAAGGAGGCCAUGGAGAACUUGGCCGCGCUGAGCGAUCGAAAAGACCGGAAAGGCCCAGUGGUGACUGAGCACAUGUGA